AUGCCGGUGCUGACUACAAAGAGGAAGCUAUGUCUGAAGUAUAGCAUCCCCCCAUACCAUAACGAGUAUUACCCGGUGUGGUUCCUGGUUCCUGGAGUGGUUGUGUUGUUGAUCAUCGACAUCAUCUCCGCCAGCAAGGAAGACGGCGGCAGCAACGAAACGAGGAGAGGAUCAAUUUGUGGUGUUCGAAUGUUCGAAAAAGACUUCAGCGAUUACUCAGAUCCGAUCCGUGAAACGGAGUUAUAUAUAUCGGUGAUCAUGUCGGGAGAAGGACUCUGCGCCGUCGACUACAUGAUGAUGCUCCUCUUGGAAAAGUUCAACGGCAAGACUGAGAUCGAUCGGCUGGAGUCAUAUAUGAGUAAACAUGCUUCAGAAGACAUCAAGGCCAUAGUCCGCUGCACCGGGGGACUACGUACUUUCCUCGAGAGUCAGGGCGAAACAUUCACCACUGAUCUGACGAUUGUGAGCUGUAACGAGAAGAGGAAACCGGCGAAAGAAAGCGAGGUCAUCAACUGGCUCCGAGGACGUCUGAAAACUUCUCCCAGAAAGAUUUUCAGCGUUCGCGCUCUCCAGAAGAUCAUCAAAAAUGGUCCCCCCGGAAUCAAGACCUUCUACGCUCUGACAUGUCCGACCGUCGAUAGGCUGCAGGAGUGGUUUCUGCAGAGAACUCAAAUCUUCAAAGAAACUCCAGCGGGGAAUGUCACCCUCUCGGAUAGCCAAAUUGUUUCCUCACGGGAGGAAGGACUCUGGAGCUGUAUCGAUUUCUUCGUUAAAAUUCUCGACGAGCAAGGUUGUGAAACCCUGUCUGUUGACUGGGCCUGUCUGUACAAUUAUGUCUUCGUGGCCGAGAACCCCGUGGUGAUGUCCCUCAUUACGUCCAUGUACGAUGAGACGACAUUCGAGAACUUCUUCAGUUCGAACGCGGUCCAGUUCGGCCUAGAAGUUCAAGAUGGACAGCUGUGCCGAUCGUCGGAUCCGGCGAAUUCGGGUCAAGAAAUCGCUCCCCCAUCGCUGAUCCUCUCGAAUUCCGCAUCUAAUGAGAAUCACUCGGGCAUGCUCUGCGUCGAAUUUUGCAAGGAAUUGCUCGCAGGGGGAGCGUCGAUCUCGGUCUUGGAGUUGCAAGUGCUGUUCAAAACGAAGUCAUCGAAAGCAAUCCUCGAUUGUUGGCAGAAAUACUUCGCGAACAGAGCAUUCGUUGAUUUUCUCUCGGACUACGAAAGUGCCUUCGUGCUAUCGAGUGAUCGGAAAUUGGUUUCCUUGAGAGAUGGAACGCAGGAGCCCGACCCGCCUCCAGAUCUCGGCUUCCAUGGAAUGGAAAGAGUCGCCAAGUACGACGAGCAGUUACAGUCCCUCUUUCGUGAUCUUCUCGCCGUUGCGGCGAGUGAACUCGACGUGCACUACGUUGAUGCGCUGCAGUUAAGCAAAUGCGCCCAAUUCCUGCCAAAAUGCGUCGUGAGCUAUUUCUCCCAAACGUACAGCUCUCCGACUAUAUUUUUCAAGGAUAAUGAAGAAACCUUCCGUUUCAAGAAAAAUCGAAAGCACAUCGGCUUGAAGGAGAGAGUGGAUCGCGCCGAAGGCGAACGCAUCAAUAGAGACGCCAUCGCGACGAACACGAUGAAUUUUUUCGUCCAAGCCUUCAUGGUGCUCCACAAUAACGACGUCAAGUUCAUACCCCGCACUCAAUUGGAUCUGCUCACAUGCCUCACGACCACUACCGUCCGAAUGUACAUAGACUCGAAUUUCGCUUCGAGCAAGUUUCCUAUCAGACAACUGCUCAUGCGGUUCCCGGAAAUUUUCUCGGAGUCCAGAGCCGGUAAUAUAUCCCUACGGAGCCCGGAGAUUGGGGCUCAUCAUUUCGAGCAGUCGAACGAAAUCCUCACGAACACCAAGGCCAUCUGUACUUAUCCCAACGAAGCCUCCGCUCUGGAAUUUUACCUGCACUCAAUCAUCGAAAUGAGCAAGCUGUGUUACCCUGUUCCCAUGUGGUGGUGCAGCGCCAAGUUACGAGACGCACCUAAACACGUAAUCACUUUCGUGGAAGAAACUUAUCCGGACAGGAAUCUCGUCAAGCUCUUCCAGAGGUUUCCGGCUGUUUUUUGUUGUGAACCGGAGACUGCGGCCAUCUAUCUUCGAGUGGGACCAUUGACCACUGGUCACGACAUUCCAGUUGCUAGCGCGGCCGAAGAAAUGAGCUUCAAGGACGAUCGACUGGUGUUUGGCCUCGUCGCGGGACUGUGCUUCGCCAGCUGCGGCCCGAUCUCCGCGUCCUUUCUACUCCAGAUGGCUGACAAACACAUGAUUUUACCGGAACUCCAGUCAGUUAUCGGCAAGGGGGGAGUGCAGGACGAUCGAACAAAACUCUGUUCAUUCCUGAAGAAUCAUCCCUCGAUUUUAUCUCUGGACCGGAACGGUGAUAUCAUAUCCUUGAGAUGGCCUCAUCAGUUUCACUCAGAACUGCAACAUUGUCUUGAAGAAACCCUGUGUAAAAUCAUCAAGAAUGCCGUGAUCCAUUUGGCGAGCGAAUCGGGUUUCUUCCCUGCCAUCAGCAAGGUUUUCGAUCACUUACAAUCAUCGUUAGAUAACUCGUUCAGCCUUUUCGUAUCGACACUCACAGAUUUCCUGGAGUUCCUGGAUAAAUUCAAAACCAUUUUCGCCGUCGAUGGGAGCACGAACACGAUAAUCGUCAAGGACUACAGCGUGGAAGUCAGAUACGCGCCAGAAGUUUCUCAGACAGUUCUCAACGAAGGUCCAGCAGCUACCCUCGCUCAAGUGUCCGCUGCAGGCGUCUCUGCGUGUCCGCAAAGUUCGAUCUCUGACCUCAAUCGAAUCCAAUCAUGGAUCGAUCAAAGGAAAAGAGUCAUGAAAACGUGGUCCACGCUUGCACCUCUCGUGGACAGCUUCGUGCGACAGAUGGACCUGACAACUAUUACGCGAUUUUCGGCAGUUCACGGCCUCAGCGACGGGCUGAACAGCGUUCUCAGAGAGAUCGAGAGGUUAAUGAAGGUCAACGCCACGGAAUCCGUUCUGCAGAUGAUGGGCUUGUACUGGGAAAAGAACACGGUUUUCUUCUGCGAGCUUCUGAUCACCGUGAGAAACGUUGCAUCCUUCGUAGUCAAGGACAGAACAUGCUCCUCGACCGCAUGCGGCUGUAAGAAAUCUCAAAAAUUUCACCGCUUCGAAGACUUCGUAGAAUUCUGCUCGUCGAUUCGCUUCCACCUGAAACAAGGCCCGUUCCCGGGAGUCUUGACUCCGUCAUCGUCCGGAUCGAGCUCGAGUACACCCGAAAUUCUCGACCGUCUGUCUCAGUGGUCCGAUUCGGAAGCCUCGCCGUUGAACCUCGUACUCGAAGAAAAGACUCUGGAAGAACAGCAUAGACGCCUGUCCAGUAUACCCACGAAUUAUGCCCUCUGGGGAUUGAGCAUUCCCACGCACACCGAAAGCACUUGUUGGCCGAGGAAUAUCUGGGAACCCGAGCAGAAUGAGCUCAAGAUUGACAGUCAAGGGACGUCCAGUCUCACAUUCCGAGUCGCGUCCAUUAAAUCGGGAACACUCCAGGCGGAGUGUGUCGCCGACAGUGCCCGAAAACUUAGAAUCGAUUGGCCCGAGGGCACGUUAAGAAUCGGUGACGAGCUGACCGUGACCGUCGCAAGACGCUCGCAGCCUUGA